AUGGCUCGCGGGGGCAUGGCGAGUGCGGCGACGGGUCCGGACGUUGCUCCGCCUGUGGUGGAGGAGGAGUCGACUGACAUUGGAUCGACCGAGGGGCGUAAGGCACCCGAAGUUGAAGAGGACAUCGUCGAGGAGGGCGGCCUGUCGGAGCCACUGAAAGAGCGCCGGUCCAAGGCCGCCAGGGACCGCGCCCCGCCCAGUGACACCGACACGCGGACGGGCGAGGUUCCGUCGACUGAGGCGGUGAUGCGAGCGGACGGGGCGACCGAGUCGCGUCAUCCGCCGCCGUCUUCAUUGACCUUCACCGAGCUCCACACGGCGCUUGGCGAGGCGCAUGUGGCGGAGAUUAAGCGGCUGACCGCGCUUGUGGAGGAGGCGGCGCAGAAGAACCGGAAGCUGAUUGCCCUGGGCACAGAGGCGCAGGCAAAGGCUCUUGCCGAGGCUCGGGAAGGGUUCGUCAAGGAGUCCUUCUACCGUGAAGCCGAGUUCCGGGCGCAGCAGGCCGAAGAGGCCCGGAAAAGGGCGAAAGCGGAGGUGGCGGAAUUGACGAAGGUCCUGGAGCAGAAGGGCCGGGAGCUGGAGGACGUCAUCACCGAAUACAAGGUGAAGCUGGAGGCCGCGACUGAUGCGCGGAACUCUGCACGUGGGGCUGCCGCGUCUCUGCGGGAGGAGGUGGCGGCCUUGAAGCAGCAGCACGCCAAAGAACUUGCUGCGGAGAAGGAGGCGUCCGAGGGCAUCGUCCUGGCGGUGCAGGCCGAGAAGACCAACUUCGAGGCUUUCGUCAGGGAGAUGUCGCGGCAGAUUCUUGGUACGUGCGACUUCGUGGAGACGGCGACUCCACGGGAAUGCCUGUCGACCGCGACCGCGCGUAUCAUCGCCUCGCGCGGGGAGAUACUUGCCGCGCUCCAAGCACUCGAGCCCGCGGGAGCUUUUGAGAAGCAGCUGUAG